AUGUCACUAAUUAAUGAAAGCCACCCUGAAGAGUUUAUUCUACUAGGCUUUGCUGACCGGCCUUGGCUAGAGCUUCCUCUGUUUGUCAUUCUUCUCAUAACAUACCCCAUGGCUAUAAUGGGAAAUAUCGCCAUCAUUCUGGUGUCCAGGUUGGAUUCUCGUCUUCACAGCCCCAUGUAUUUCUUCCUCACCAACCUCUCCUUUUUGGAUAUGUGUUACACUACAAGCAUUGUCCCUCAGAUGCUUUUUAACCUGGGAAGCUCUAAGAAAACCAUCAGCUAUAUGGGUUGUGCAGUUCAGCUUUAUUUCUUUCACAUAAUGGGGGGCACAGAAUGUUUGCUCUUGGCUAUUAUGUCCUUUGAUCGCUAUGUGGCCAUCUGCAGACCCCUGCACUAUACCCUCAUCAUGAAUCAACGCAUCUGUAUUCUCUUGGUAUCCACGGUGUGGCUGAGUGGAGUAACCUACGCUGUCACAGAGGCCACUGUUACCUUACAAUUGCCACUAUGUGGUCUCAAUAAACUGGAUCACUUGGUGUGUGAGAUUCCUGUUCUGAUAAAGACUGCCUGUGGGGAAAAGGGUGCAAAUGAGCUCACACUCUCUGUGGUAUGCAUUUUUAUGUUAGCCCUUCCACUAUGUUUAAUUCUUGCUUCCUAUGCUAGUAUUGGACAUGCUGUACUUAAGAUUAAAUCUUCUGAGGGAAGGAAAAAGGCUUUUGGGACAUGUUCCUCCCAUCUCAUGGUAGUGUUCCUAUUUUAUGGCCCAGCCAUUAGCAUGUACCUUCAGCCUCCCUCCUCCAUUUCAAGAGACCAGCCUAAGUUCAUGGCUCUCUUUUAUGGAGUGGUAACUCCUACCCUCAACCCCUUCAUCUACACCCUGAGGAAUAAGGAUGUAAAGGGGGCAUUAAGCACCCUGAUGAGGAGUAUUUUCACCUCCAAGUGA